CAGUCGGCGCAGCGAAGCGACUCGAUGUUUAAGUUGACCGGCAGCAUACGUGCGGAGUGGCAGCUGGAAAGGGGCGUGGCUGUACUACCUGGCCGUACCGUCUCGCCGCAGCGAGAUACAGCACUCACACGCUUCACUCUCUCGACAACCGUCGGCGCAGCGUUCACACCUCCGUACAGAGGUUAAUAACUGUGGCAUGCUGGCGAUUUUCGAUCGUACAAAUGAAGCUAGAAUUCUAGAACGACUUGAUUUUUCUUCACCCAAGUGCCAAUGAAGUCACUAAAAAAACAUGUUUCCCUAAUAAAUA